CAAAAAGUCAAAAGUAGCGACACUUGGACCUUCACAAUCAAACCCCCCUCUUUCUCUUCCCCAAUCUCUAUUCUCAACUCCAUUUCUAUGCUUUCGUAAGGCUUCCGCAUCACAGUGACUAACGAAGAAGAAAGAAUCAGCAACACCCCAUCACUUGUGAUUCGAUUAUUCAAUAAUCAAGUCAAGACUUGUAUACUUUUUGGAUUUGGGUUUCUACUAAACUAAACUCUAUCAACUGUGAUCUAUUCCAUUUCUCAUAAAACACAGCAAGAUUCAGCAUCGCUCUUUAUCAAGAAUCCAUGAUGGCAGAACUCAGUCCAAGGACUGAUACUUCCACUGAUGGGGACACUGAUGACAAGGCUUUGGGGUUCCAUAGUGGUCAAUCACAUGGGCUUGUGGUUUCUGAUGCCAGUGACAAGUCAAGGGACCAAAAGACACUUCGUAGGCUUGCUCAAAAUCGUGAAGCUGCAAGAAAAAGUCGUUUGCGGAAGAAAGCUUAUGUUCAACAACUUGAAAGUAGCAGAAUGAAGUUGAGCCAACUUGAACAGGAGCUUCAGAGAGCUAGGCAGCAGGGCAUCUUCAUUUCGAGUUCAGGAGAACAAUCUCAAUCAACCAGUGGAAAUGGGGCGUCAUCUUUUCAUGUUGAGUAUUCAAGGUGGCUAGAUGAGCAAAAUAGGCGAAUCAGUGAGCUGAGAGAAGCUGUUAGUUCACAUGCUGCUGAUGGAGAACUUCGGCUCAUUGUUGAUGGAGUCAUCACACAUUAUGAAGAUAUUUUUAGAAUAAAAGGUGAUGCUGCAAAGGCAGAUGUUUUCCAUAUUUUAUCAGGCAUGUGGAAAACCCCUGCAGAAAGAUGUUUUCUUUGGUUAGGUGGAUUCCGUUCUUCAGAACUCCUCAAAUUACUUAUAAGCCAAUUGGAGCCAUUGACAGAGCAACAGUUAUUGGCAAUCAAUAACUUACAACAAACAUCACAACAAGCGGAGGACGCGUUAUCACAAGGAAUGGAUGCAUUGCAACAGUCUUUAGCCGAGACAUUAGCAGGCUCCCUUGGUUCAUCCUCAUCCUCGGGUUCCUCAGGCAAUGUAGCCAAUUACAUGGGUCAAAUGGCUAUGGCUAUGGGUAAACUUGGAACACUUGAGGGCUUCAUUCGACAGGCAGACAAUUUGAGGCAACAAACCUUGCAACAAAUGCAUCGGAUCUUAACAACAAGACAAUCGGCUCGAGCACUUAUCGCCAUUAAUGAUUAUUUCUCACGUCUUCGAGCUCUUAGCUCAUUAUGGCUUGCACGCCCUCGUGAAUGAAUCAUCUUCACUUCACUUCAUCAUUUACAAAUCCAACAAACACAGGUGAGAUUAGACAGACAUCAAGUUCAUUAAGAUCUUGUUAUCAAGAGCCAC